UCUUUUCUUCCUUCCCAACAGGCGCGCACAGCCCAGCAAGCACCCACCCACCCAGAGAGGAAUAUUUUUCCUCUACUUCUUGAAUUAUUUUAUUCAAAUUAUUUAAUUCUCAUUAUCUUCAAAAUUCAAACAAGGAUAAAAUUAUAAGAGAGGAGCAUAGUUGUAACUCAAUUAUCAAAGGGAUAUUUCACAUUAGUAGUCUAGCACACAGCUCUUCUUGUGUACAGAGAAAAGGUAAUCCCUCUUCAUUUGUGCAAAUAGAUAGACAGAUAUAUCAGUGAAGCUGAAGCCUUCUGAAAAAUAUAAAGUGAACCCUAUUUCUACACUACAAAAAACCUAGCACAACCUACACUCCUUGUUACUAGCGUGAAACCAAGAAUCCAGCCCUUCAAUCUUUCCUCAUUGUUCAUUGAAAACCCACAUAUCCAACUUUCCCAAAAUCCAAUCUUUUAACCUGCAGAACAAACCAAACAUUAUAAGGCGAAGGAGCAAAAAAAAAGAAAAGCAUGAUUUGAUUCAUCAAGAUUCAGCCAAUGGGUUUAACCAGAAACCCCUCCAGAUUUCUCCCUCUUCUUCUCCUCAUUUUAACCUCUCUUCACCUCAUCCAUCCCUCCAAAUCUGCAGCUGACUUGACCAGCAUAGUGUACAAGGGCUGUGCAAAGCAGUCUUUAUCAGAUCCGACAGGGGUGUAUUCUCAAGCACUCUCCUCCUUGUAUGGCACCCUUCUCUCACAAUCCUCAAAGUCCAAGUUCUACAAGACUUCAACUGGCAGUGGGCAGUCUUCAAUAUCUGGCCUUUUCCAGUGCAGAGGUGAUUUAUCAAAUGUUGAUUGCUACAGCUGUGUGAGCAGGCUGCCCAUACUGAUAGACAAGCUCUGUGGUAAGCCUAUUGCAGCAAGAAUGCAGCUUUAUGGGUGCUACAUGCUGUAUGAGGUUGCAGGUUUUGCUCAGAUUUCUGGGAUGGAAAUGCUGUAUAAAAGCUGUAGUGGGACUAAUGUUGGUGGAGCUGGAUUUGAGGAGAAGAGGGAUACUGCUUUGAAUUCACUUGAAAAUGGGAUGAGUGGUGGAAUUGGUGGGUUUUUCACCACAAGUUAUGAGGCUGUUUAUGUGCUAGGGCAGUGCGAAGGUGAUGUGGGGGCUUCUGACUGUGUGGAGUGUGUGAAAAAUGCUGUCCAGAAAGCUCAGGUUGAGUGUGGGAGCUCCAUUUCUGGUCAAAUCUAUCUUCACAAGUGCUUCAUUAGCUAUAGCUUUUACCCUAAUGGGAUCCCCAAGAAAUCAUCUUCUGCUUCUUACUCAUCCUCUUCGUCAUCUUCAGGGGCAGGGCCCAAUACAGGAAAGACGGUGGCUAUCAUAGUAGGAGGGGCAGCAGGAGUAGGUUUUUUGGUCAUUUGCUUGCUCUUUGCAAGAGGUUUAUUGAAGAAAAAAGAUGGUAAAAAUUUACACUUUUCUUGAAUCUUGAAUCUUGUUUAUGAUGAUGUUUUUACUUUGCAGAUUACUAAGAGCUUCUGGGGCUCAGUAAACACCGACAAUUAUGCGAGGGCGGAGGCGUUUUUGUCUUUGAAAAUACUCCUACUACACAAACUAGAAAACCACUACUGGUGUUUUCCCUUCUUUUAAGGAAUGUGAAUUCCCAGGAACGUUGUUAAGUUUAAAAUCAAACUUACACUGUAGAUUUCAGUAGUCCAACUUGGUUUUUUAGCUUGUGUAGAUUUGUUGAUUUCAUUUUGUGGCUGCUAAAAAGUUAGGGAUAUUCCAACUAGGUAAGAAAUGUUUCUUAUCAGCAAUGGAGGGAAAUAUGAUAAUGUUUUGGUAGUGGAGAGAAUCAACUUGCUACUAACAGAUUUUGGCCUUUUAUUCCUUU